GCAACGGCCGAGCGGGCGCGCCGUGAGGUGGCGUUGACCGGACCUCGCCGUCUUGUCACCGGUCUGUCGUCGCUGGUCUCCCGCGAUGCCGAGGCCAGACCCGGGUACUUCCUUUGUCUGAGACGGGAGGCACAGAGCAGAGACCAUGGCGGAGCCCUCGGAGCCCGGGCAGCAGGCGGCGGAGGGCGGCGGGAGCCCAGAGGAGGAGGAGGACGAGGAGCGGGAGCCGCUGCUGCCGCGGAUCGCCUGGGCCCAGCCGCGGAAAGUCGCCCCGGGGAGCGCCGUGAGGCUGAUGCUGUCCCCCGAGGAGGCGGGCGCGGCCUCCGCUCGCAAAGCCCGCGACGGAAAACUGCUGCUCCCGCUCAGGAGCGCGCCCCACAGCCCCUCCCGGGACCGCGGGAGCUCGCCCCCGCUGCGCUCCGGCUUCGCGUGCCCAGUAAGUGGUAUUACUUCAGAGAUGAAUACGUUCUUGGAUGACCCAGAAUUUGCUGAUAUUGUAUUAAGAGCAGAGCAAGCAAUAGAAUGUGGAGUUUUUCCAGAAAGAAUCUUUCAAGGUUCAAGUGGAAGUUACUUUGUGAAGGAUCCUAAGAGGAAAAGCAUUGGUGUGUUUAAACCCAAAUCGGAAGAGCCUUAUGGUCAACUAAAUCCAAAAUGGACCAAAUAUGUUCAUAAGGUCUUCUGCCCUUGCUGCUUUGGUCGAGGCUGCCUGCUUCCUAAUCAGGGAUACCUUUCUGAAGCUGGAGCCUACCUUGUGGAUGAGAAGCUUCAUCUGGACAUUGUACCUAAAACAAGGGUGGUUUGGCUGGUCAGUGAGACAUUUAACUACAGUGCAAUUGACCGAGCAAAGUCAAGAGGCAAAAAAUACGCCUUAGAGAAAGUGCCAAAAGUAGGUAGAAAAUUUCAUCGGAUAGGACUUCCUCCUAAGAUUGGUUCCUUUCAGUUAUUUGUUGAAGGUUACAAGGAGGCUGAACAUUGGCUUAGGAAAUUUGAAGCUGACCCUUUGCCUGAGAAUGUUAGAAAACAAUUUCAGUCACAGUUCGAAAGAUUAGUUGUUCUGGAUUACAUCAUCAGAAAUACAGACAGGGGAAAUGAUAAUUGGUUAAUCAAAUAUGAAAAACAGAAGGAAGUUGACAGUAAGGAAACAAAAUGGACUGAUGAUAAAGACGUUCUGAUUAAAAUAGCUGCAAUUGAUAAUGGUCUAGCAUUUCCUUUUAAACAUCCUGAUGAGUGGAGAGCAUAUCCAUUUCACUGGGCUUGGCUUCCUCAAGCAAAAGUUCCUUUUUCUGAAGAAAUAAGAAACUUGGUUCUACCAUGUAUUUCUGACAUGAAUUUUGUACAAGAUUUAUGUGAAGAUCUUUAUGAACUUUUUAAGACUGACAAAGGUUUUGACAAGGCCACCUUUGAAAGUCAGAUGUCUGUGAUGAGGGGUCAGAUCUUAAACCUUACUCAGGCACUGAGAGAUGGGAAGAGUCCUGUUCAGCUAGUACAGAUGCCUUGUGUGAUUGUGGAACGAAGUCAAGGUGGAGGUCAGGGUCGGAUUGUCCACCUCAGCAAUGCAUUUACUCAGACUGUUCAUUGCAGGAAGCCAUUUUUUUCCUCCUGGUAGCAGAUGUAAAAGUAAAAGAAAAACAGUUCUCUCUGGGUUGGCAUGAUUGUGUCAGAACAAUGCAAUAAUGUAAAUCUGCUGUUGAGAGCUCCCAUUGCCAAAACCUCAAAUAUUUAAAUCUUUAACAGGUUGUACUUUGAAUGUAAUCAAAAGUUUACAGUUUUUUUGUGUCCAAAUAUUAAAUUUCUAUUUCAGGGAAGAAGUGAUGUAUCUCCUAUAUUGUAUUUUUGUAGAAAAAAUUGUACUUUAUGUUGUUGAUGUUAUUUUAAAAGGUAAUUUCGUAGUUUACACAUGCUGGAAUGACUGUAAUUAUUUUAGAAUUCGAAGUAGAAAAAUAAGACAUUUGUUGACUUUGAAUACAAUAACCUUUUUUAUACUUUUUAAACAUUGAGAGAGAAUAUUCAUGUUAAAUCUGCCUACAUUAUAAUAGGCCUUUGAGGCUGCCUAAGUCUGAAACUGCUACUCUGAAUUUUAGAGUAGUUAAUAGAAAAACAGGUAAGAAGAAAACAAUGUUGCCUUAAUACAAAAAGCUGCUGUUUUAGAACUGGAAUAAGUGGCCCUAAAAGGGUUAUUAUCAGAGACCAGAAAAUUAUAUUUUGGUUAAGUAAUGUAAGGCCAUUUUCUUUUUUGUGCUUUAGAAUAUUUUUGUUGAACUAUUUUGUUACAGUGAGGGGGGGCGGAGAAAACCUAAAGACAUCCCCCUCCUCCUUUUUUAAUGGAAACACUUAGUUGGGAGUUGAGGGGAAUGUAUGACAUUAAGCUCAAUCCCCAGUAUUUUGAAAUUCCAAAAUAGUCAACAUUAAAAAUUCACUUUUUGUUUCUUGCAUGGGAUCAAACACUUGAACAGUUAGUACUUCAGAGUACUAAUCCUAAUCAAUUUAGUAUUUCAAUUAGUAUAGUACUGAGGAGUAAACCAUACCCCAGAGUGUAUAUCGUAUUGCAUUUUGAAGUCUUAGUUCGUAAGCUCUUAAAAAUAACAGUAGUGCUUUAGGCUACCUGAAAUUAUAGCUUUUAUUAUAAUUAAAGUUAACUUUGGAUUAUCAAACUUAAUUAAAGGAAACAUGACAGAUAACUUUAAAAUCAUAUAUGUUUUUAAAUUUUAUUUUUGUACCGUAUUUUGAAUAUGAGUUUGUCUUACCUUCUGGGAAUUCGUAGUACUUUUCACUCACUAAAUGAUUUAAAUUGAAAUAAGCCCAAGUAAGAACAUGUGAUUCAAGACGAGCAGAAGCUUUGUUCUCUUCUUCAGACUCCAAGCAGAUAACAUCACCGUUCAGACUAGAUUGGGCCUUUAUGGUCUUGGCCUUUGUUUUGUUAGCUUAUUGUCUGGUGUUCUUUUUGUCUUUUGUGUUUCCUAAAUUAAGUAUUACUGUGUAGUAAGUAUUUCCUGAAGGCUAAAUUAGGGUAGAAGACAGAUCUUGAAUUCUCCCUUCUCAUCUUUCUCUUGGCCUUCAUGCACGUGAUGAGGAAGUGACAGUACUGUUGCCCUCAUGGAAGUUCAUUGGAAGCCUGUGUUCUCCUACCUUCCUGCACGCCUACUGUCUUCAUUUCCAAAUAAUGGAAAAUUGACUGGAAAUGCACAACUUCAACUACUGUGUUGAGAUAAAUGCUGGUAAUUCAAAUAUGCCUUUUGACGAUGUGUCUUGAAAGAAAGAAAGCAAGUUACUGGGGUGUGGGGUAUUGCUUUCAUAAACAAUUUUUUUUCCCAAUAUUUUGAGUGUUACUACUCUAUAUUAAUUUUUAUACUAGAAAACUUGGUAAAUUGCUAUUAUUUUAGAUCCUAAAAUUAAAAUAGCAUGGAAAUAUUUUUAGAUGUUCUGACCAUGCCAGAAAUGUAGAGUUUAGAUAUUUAAGGUAUGACGACAAGUCUGAGUACUUUGGUUAUAUUUUGUAAACCUUCCCAAACUUAAUUCUUAUUUAAAUAUUGUGUCAAUUUUUUCAAUGAGUCUGUUUGUAGUAUCAAACAUAGUAGGCUGAAGGUAGUAAAAAUCAUUGUCUUAAGGCUAGAUUUCUCAUGAGGUAUGUUUACUGAAUAUUUAAAAUGUUUGUGAACAUAUUUACAUUUAUAAAUGAUGCCAAACUACCAUUUUCUUCCUUCAUAUGUUACUGGUAUAGUUUAAUCCUUUAUAAUUCCAAAAGAUAUAUUUAACUGGAAUGUUUACAGUUGGAGAUGUUUUAAUUUUCUUAAGUACAUACUGCCUCAUCCCCCCAAAAUUUGUCAGCAGUUGAAGACUGUGGAGACGUGGUUUGCAAACUUGAAAAUAAUUUUGAUUUAUAAAAUUUUUUAAAUUUAAAGUACUGUACUAAUGGAAUUAAAACUUUAUUUAAAAAAAAACUAUAAUGACAUGUUCUUUGUUUAGAUCAUACCUUAAAUCCUUUUAUACAUAUUUGAAGAGUCAGGCAGAGUAUUAUGUUUUAUACUUGACUUUCUUUCACAGAGUUGCCUGGGUAACUGUACAGAGUUAUAGCAAAGAUUCUCAGUGCUCCUCUACGUUUCCAAGUUCAUUUGGGGCCAUGUAACUGAGUUUUGGUCAAUGAGAUGUGAGGUCAAGUGAUAUGCUUGACUUCCAGGCCUGGCAGUAACGCCACUGCCAUGACUGGUCUCUCUCUUGCCUUCCUAUUUGCCCGUAAACAAAGAAUUUGCAAAAUGGAAGCAGCCAGAGCACAUGAGUCACUGCUUGGAAGAGAACUACUAGGAGAGUCUUCCGACUCCAUUGGACUAUGACGGGAGCAAGAAAUAAAUGCCUGUGUGUAGCCACUAAAAUUUUGAA